AUGUCUGCCAUCGCCGCCGCCGGGCUCAUCCCGCUCAAGGCCGCCCCCGUGCGCCGCUCCGCGAAGGCGACGUCCUCCAAGGCCGUCGUCGCCCCCCGCGCGGCGCUCCGCCAGGGCGUCGUCGCGAAGGCUUCCCCCAAGAACGUCCUCGCGUCCGUCUCCGCGGCGUUUCCCGCGUUCGCGGCGGCGCCGGCUGCUUUCGCCGCCGAGGAGCUCAACCAAGUGGCGCUCGCCGACGUCAACAUCCUCGGCGUGAUCGCGACGGCGCUCUUCAUCAUCAUCCCGACGUCGUUCCUCAUCAUCCUGUACGUCAAGUCCGCGUCCGAGGGGAACGUCUCCGGUGGUUUCUCGCAGAAGUACUACGACGAUUCCAAGAAGCGCGGCGACAAGAAGACGAACGAAGCCGCGAUUGUCAAGGGGAAGGGCUUGGGGAUGCGCCCGGAGAAGUAA